AUGACAAUCUUCGAGGAACGUUCAGGAAGAACUCAACGAGCUUUAAAAAGAAAAAGCCUUCCAGGCCCAUUGUCGGGCAGCGAUUGGACGGAGGAUACACUUAUAUCGUACAAUAUUAAUUUUGCUCCGGUUGAUGAACUGGAACAUUUGUUGGUACAAAAAGUACCAGAUCUAUCAGGUGAGAUUGCAUUUCCUUUUAAAGUGCAAGUGUUACCAGAAAUCGUUUAUUUACUUAAUUUAGAUCGUGCUAAAGCCUUGGUAACAGCUUGUUUAGCUAUUUCAUCUGAUAAUCUAGCGUAUCGAAUGUUUCCUAAAGAUCCAAACGCCAUGUGGUUAGCAAAAUUGAUCUAUUUAGCUACUGUUGGUUUUGGCAAAUAUGAAUCAGCUGUUGAUGACAUGGUGCUGUGCUUAUUAAAUUUAUCGGGAUUUAAUGAGAAAAAUCUUGUAUCACUAUCUCGAAACGUAUUGAAAUUCGAAAUGUCGAACGGACGAGCCACUGCUAUUGCUGACAUCACUGUGUUGGAUAUUAACAAUCAAUUCCGUUUAGCUGUGUUUGAGGACAAAAGAAAAGAGAACCAACUUGAAGGCGAACCACAACUUGUCUGUGAAGCAAUCGCUGCAGCUCAAUACAAUCGUAAUCAUGUAAGAUAA